GAACAAACCGCUGUCCUUGGGGCUCCGUGUGCAGGCCCUUCUCCCGAGUCUUCCCCCGCCCAGCAGACCUGUGUGAGAAGAUCUGGUCCAACUCCUACAAAUACACCACCGAGCGCCGGGGCAGUGGGCGCUGCAUCCAGAUGUGGUUUGACCCUGCCCAGGGAAACCCCAACGUGCUUGUGGCAAAAUACUAUGCUUGGAAGAGGAGAGCGUCUCCUGCUUGGAGGACGAACGCGACUCCCGCCGAGCCUGGCAAAGCGGCACGGGCUCUGCCGUGGCCUGCCCUGCUCCUGCUGCCUCUUGCCCUCGUGAUGCUCCCCUAGGCACCUGGGAGCUCUUGGUGCUGUGCAUGGUGGGCGAUCCCUCUGACAGCUCUCCCAAGGGCCUUCACUGUGGCCAUGCUGAAGGAAGGGGCUGCGCAAGCUGCCCUCCAGAGGAGCUGGCAUGGCUAACGCUUGGGUCUGUCUGAACUGCUCGUGCAUGCCAGUAACUGCUUGACAUGCAUGUUGUUGGACCUUGGUCCCUGCCUCUGCUCAGAGUUACUGG